CGCCUCUGUGCGCGAGGAUCCAGCCAGUCAACGUCGAUUGGUGGAGUCAGAUUGAAGCCGCAGAAAAGGGAAACUACAGCAGCGGAGGAGCAGCUAGAAACAGCCCCGCACAACCUUUAUAACUGAACGUUUCCUUAAGAAGAAAAAUGGCGUACCACAGUCCUUACCGAGCCCCCCCGCACAUUAACGCUCCUCCGGACCAGAGCUUCCUGUGGAAUAUCUUCCAGAGGGUUGACAAGGACAGAAGUGGAGUGAUAUCAGACUCGGAGCUCCAGCAGGCUCUAUCAAAUGGAACGUGGACUCCUUUCAACCCAGUGACGGUCCGCUCCAUUAUAUCGAUGUUUGACAGGGAAAACAAAGGAGGCGUGAACUUCAAUGAGUUUGCCGGUGUGUGGAAGUACAUCACAGACUGGCAGAACAUCUUCAGGACCUAUGACAGGGACAACUCCGGCUUCAUCGACAAAAAUGAGCUCAAGCAGGCACUUACCGGAUUUGGCUACCGUCUAUCAGACCAGUUCUACGGGACUCUGAUUGACAAAUUUGACCGGCAGAGGAAGGGACAAGUGGCCUUUGACGACUUCAUCCAGUGCUGUAUUGUUUUACAGAGGUUGACCGACGUGUUCAGGCGAUACGACACAGACCAGGACGGCUGGAUCCAGGUUUCAUAUGAACAGUAUCUUUCCAUGGUCUUUAAUGUAGUAUAAAGAACACGGAUGACCACAGAAGAGCACAACUGGACACAACUGUGCCAAAAAGCUUCCAUCACUCUCCAAGAUGUUUGCCAUGGUGGACACUACAAGAUUUUUUUUAACACCUGAUGUAGCUCUAUUGUUUAAUAUAAAAGUACAAUUUAUAUAACAAGAUCAAGCAAGAAAACAGUACAGUAAAAAAAAAAAAUCUUGUAGUGUUUUUGUUUGUAGACAUGUCUAAGCAACGUCUGCUUCAGACUCCUGGUUGGGAAACUUUGUGGGCACAGCUCUCAUUCUUUCUUUUUAUUUGUUAAUGUUAACAUUUUUAAUGUUCCAACCUUAACGGACAACAUUUGAGAAAGAUCUCUAUAAAAAAAUGUAAAUAUAAAUUGAAAUGCAUUGCAUGCUUUUCAGGGAACCUGAACCCCACGUUGAAGCACGUUUUCCCCUGAACCUUUUCCUUAUUUUGCUCAAAGCCAUGUUUACAAUAACUGUGAAAGCAGCCAAACGCUGCUUCAGGACUCACUGACAUGCCAGCUUACAUGCCAUAUUUGUAUAAAUUAAUUUUUAAUAGAUUAUCUUCAAUUGUUCUAACAUAUCUUUGGUUGGAGAGUAAACAUAUUGCCUCAGUCUUAUUUUAUGUGCAUGAUGCCUUAAAAUGUGUUAAGAAAUGAAACUAAAAGCAAAUGAAAAUACUUUUUAUUAAAAAACAGUGCCAGCAGAUUUCA